ACAAUUUAUUUUUACUUGCGUUUAAGCAGAGAACGUAUAUCAUAUACGUUCUCUGGUAUGUGCAGCUCUACAAUCUUUUUAUUUUUUGUUGUUCAAUUACUUUGCUUUUCGUUCCUUCUUUUAUAAUUUUUAACCAAUUUUAGAUUUUCUGUUAGUUUUGUAAAAUAUAAUUGAGUGAAUAACAAUAAAUAAGAAAAUUUUACAAAAUUUUUUAAUUGGUGUAUUGGCAUUUUAAUGCUAUAAAUCAAAAUGUCGAAAAAUAAAACAAAUUCAAUGGCGACCGGAGAAACAAAUCUAAUUGAAGUGAAAUCAAAGUUUGAUGCCGAAUUCCGCCGCUGGAGCUUUAAACGGCAUGGCGACUUGCAAAAUUUUGAAGAUUUCUCUGCCCUUAUUGAAAAAUUGCAUAGACUGCACACAAUACAAUUUAUUAUUUUAUACAUUGACCCACGUGAUAACGAUCUGUUGCCAAUUAAUAAUGAUGACAACUUUGGUAGAGCGUUGAAAAUUGCCAGACCUUUGUUGCGCAUCAUCGUUCAACGUAAAGAUGAUUUGGAAGAGUUCCCCGGUUUUGGCACAAUGAAACCGCGUAAUAAUCUAAUCAGCAGUAUACUGGGACAGACUCCCGUCAAAACAAAACUACCAACAAUAUCAAUACCACAUGAUUUCCGUCAAGUAUCGGCUAUAAUUGAUGUUGAUAUUGUGCCAGAGACGCAUCGUCGUGUGCGUUUACUUAAAUAUGGUAGCGAUAAGCCUUUGGGAUUUUAUAUAAGAGAUGGUACGUCUGUACGCGUAACCGCAAACGGUUUAGAGAAACAACCUGGUAUUUUCAUAUCGCGCCUCGUGCCUGGUGGACUUGCUGAAAGCACUGGACUUUUAGCAGUCAACGAUGAGGUUAUAGAAGUAAAUGGUAUUGAAGUGGCUGGUAAAACACUGGAUCAGGUCACCGAUAUGAUGGUGGCAAAUAGUUCUAAUCUAAUAAUAACGGUGAAGCCAGCAAAUCAGCGUACACUUACCUCACCACGUCGCGGCUCAUUCUCGCGCAACAGUCAAUUAUCGAGCGGUUCCCAUCAUACCAAUCAAACCAAUACAUCGGAUGAAAAUGAACAAGAUGAGCAAGAUGAAGUCGUCGAUCUGACCGGCAUAACACUCGAUGAUCAUAACAAUGUAGCUCCACAACCACAACAAUCAACGGUACCAUCACCGGCACUGAUAAUUACGUCACAACAUCACCAGACGGCAUCAACAGCUUCAACGGCUUCAACAAUUGUCGGCGGCAGUGAGUCCAAAGACGGUGUACUACAUCUUUGAAUCGAAUAAGAAGCGAUAUAGUAAUUAAAACAAAAACAAAAAAGAAUGACGCAAAAAGACAAAGAUGUUAUGGCAAAGGACAAGCGGAACUUUCAGGUCGAACAAAACGGAAAUGCAGAGUAUAUAUACAAAGUUAUUAUAUUUUGCAAAAAGUUUCCGAGUCUAUAAAAAAUCUAAGCAAUCUUAGGCAUAACAAAAAGACAACACAUAUAUACACACAAAUUUUCAUGCUUCACGUUUAAUUUUAUUUCUAUUACAUACUUAAAUAGUACUAUUUAAUUAUAAAUUAAUGUGUAAAGUGUAAUGUUAUUAAUGCGCUUGACGUUUUCGUCGUAUUGUUUCCAAUUAUUGUUUACAAAUCAUACACGUCAACGCAUUUUAACUAAACAUACUGUAUUAUUAGGUACAUAUACACAUAUUUACAUAUCUGCGUAUGCAUUGUUAAUAUUUUUUAAAUCAUGUUUUUUUUUAUUGUAGUUGUCCUGCUUAUUUUCAUAUACACAUUUAUUUACAGUUAAAUUUAGUGUAAAAUUGUCUGUUAAACGUACAAUGUGUUUGGUAAAUAUUAAAUGCUCGUAUAUAAUUCGACAGUGUUAACAAUGCAGUUACACAGACGUACACAUUCCAAAAAAAAAAAAACAAAUUUUGUGUUCUCAUGUAAUUGGUGCAAAACUUUUUGUUUGCACUGUAUGUAUGCGCGAAUGAAUUACACGAAUGUGGUUCAUUAAAUUUCGAAAAAAAAACAUGUUCAAAAGAUAAAUUUAUUUUAAGCCAUGAUUCAAUUAUAUAAGGUUGUGUGAAUUGCCCAAAAACAACAAUUUGUCCAAAGUGUUUUAACUUAUAAUGUCAAAAUCAGCUGUAUUUUUUAAAUAUUCCAGCCAAUAAAAAUGUGUUUUUUGAGUAAUAAAUUGUAAAUCACACAAAAUCAUCAAAAUGUAAAAAAAAAAAAUUGAAUUCAUAAAAAAAUCAUAAAAACUAUUAUUUUCGUAAGAAGAAGCAGGCUCUCAAGUAACACAACCUUAUAUAAUUCAAUCAUGUUUUAAGCUAGCCCCAUUUAUAUAAAACUAACUAAUUUAGAAAGGCAAAAGAAAAAAAUUCAAAUUAAUUAACCGUUACUGCUAAUUUGAAGCCUAUACGCUCUUUACAUUUAAACAGUCACAUAUUGUCACAAAACCGAUUCUUUUAACAAGUCUAUUGCAAAUACGCAAAUCGGAACCCUCAAACAAAAGCAUAUAUGUGCGUGAGUUAUGUUGAGAAAGUUUUUUCUUUUUUUUUUUGUUUUUUAAAGGUUACUUCCGUAAAAAGAUUGCUCAAUCUAAAAUCCUAUAUACAAAAUUUUUCUCAAAUUUUUAAAAACUAUUUACAUUUAUAUGUAUGUAUAGAUCCGUGAAAAUCAAAUCUGUUUUUUUUUUUUUGAAAAUAUAAAAUCUCAAUGGCCUUCAAAUUAGCUAACAUGAUUAGCAACUAGAAUAUUCAAAACAAAAAAACAAAAACAAGCUAAGAGUAAAACAUCAAUUUGCAUGUGUCUUAUAGUCUAUUAGUAAACUAAAGUACUUAUACAAUACUAUACGUCCUAUAUAUACACAAACAUACCAGUAUAUAACAACUAAGACAGUUCAGUCCUAUUUUAUGCUCGUCCACUAGUAGUUAGAUACAUACAAAUACAACUUUUAACUUACCCGUACUAUUGAAUAAAAAAGUUGUCAAAUAUUUUAGAGCAAAUAGCAAACCACUCAAAAGACUUGUCAAUUUAUGCCUUCAUAUUUAAUGUUUUUACAGCAGCAAAAAACACACCAGCAACAAAAAAAUAUAGAAAAGAGCAGUUUACCUAUAUAACAUAGAUAAAAAAUUAUGCAAUCUUCAAAAAACACAUUUAACAAAUACAAUAUUUAUUUAAAAUUUUGAGCUUAAUAAUUAUCAAAGUCGAAUAAUGGUAAACAAAUAUUUCUUAAAAUAAAUACAUACACAUUUUAUACAUAAAUAAAUACACAAAUAUAUAAUAUAGUUCUACAAAAUGCAUUAGGCGGCAAGUGGAAUUGUAUUUUUGUUUAAUAAAGCCUCGUGAUGGCAUUAAAUAUUGACUUGA